CCCAUAACAGGUGUCAAACACGAGGGAGCGAUGUGUGACUUCUGUAAACAGUCGCCAAUCUUCGGCAUACGCUGGAAGUGUGCCGAAUGUAUUAACUACGACCUGUGCUCUCUGUGCUACCACUCAGACAAGCAUAACGUUCGGCACCGCUUCUACCGUAUACUGAAUCCGGGCUCUGAACGGGUCAUCAUUGAGCCCCGGCGUAAGGGCAAGAAGAUUGCCGUCAAAGGCAUAUUCCCCGGCUCUCGGGUGGUCAGAGGUGUCGACUGGCAAUGGGAGGACCAGGACGGCGGAAACGGCAAACGCGGGAAAGUGACCGAAAUCCAGGACUGGUCGGCGGCGAGUCCUCGUAGCGCGGCGUACAUCAUAUGGGACAACGGCGCCAAAAACCUGUAUCGCGUCGGCUUUGAAGGGAUGGCCGACUUGAAAGUGGUGAGUGACGUGAAGGGCCACACCGUAUACCGCGAUCACCUGCCGCUGCUGGGAGAACAGGGCGCCGGUCGGUCCAGCGUUCACGGCUUCCAGAUCGGCGAUAUGGUCAACGUUGACCUCGACCUGGAGAUCGUGCAGUCGCUACAACACGGCCACGGAGGCUGGACUGAAGGCAUGUUCGAGUGUUUGGGCACCACUGGCACAGUGGUCGGCAUCGACGAAGACCACGACAUUGUCGUACUCUAUCCGAGCACUAAUAAGUGGACAUUCAAUCCGGCUGUGCUCACCCGUGUCGGCUCCAACACCAACUCGCUGUCCGGCCACACGAAUCCCAACAUCAAUAUAGCGCCCACUUUGUCCACCUCUAACGUGAGCGCCGGUAUGAUUGCCGGCACUUCGGGCGCCUCGACGUCGGGCGGCGCGUCCGGCGGCGGCGCCGCGAAUAUACAGUUCUCUGUCGGAGAUUUAGUACAGAUUUGUUCAGAUCUCGAAAGGAUUAAAAUAUUACAAAAAGGUCACGGAGAGUUCGCCGAAGCGAUGGCACCGACGUUAGGCAAAAUCGGAAGAGUGCAGCAAAUAUAUCACGACAACGACCUGAAGGUAGACGUGUGCGGCACCGCCUGGACCUACAAUCCCGCGGCAGUGGUCAAAGUGUCCAACGAUGGGUCGGCGGUGAACACGUCGGGCGAAGGCCUGAGCACAAUACUGAAGAAGCUGUUCGAGUCUCACGUGUCGGGCGAACCGAACGAAGAGCUGGUGAAGGCGGCGGCGAACGGAGAUGUGGCCAAAUGUGAAGAGAUUGUCAAACGGGUUGAGGUGGACGUGAAUGGGGUGUUCGCCAGCCAUACGGCACUUCAGGCCGCGUCACAGAACGGUCACAUCGAAGUGAUUAAGACUUUGUUGCGACACAACGCCAAUGUGGAGAUCGAGGACAAGGACGGCGACCGCGCCGUACAUCACGCGGCGUUCGGCGACGAACCCGGAGUGAUCACAGCACUCGCGCAGUCCGGCGCCGAUCUUAACGCCCGUAAUAAGCGCCGACAGACGCCCCUACAUAUCGCCGUAAACAAAGGUCACGUACACGUAGUAAAGACACUGUUAGAGCUCGGCUGUCACUCGAGCCUUCAGGACUGUGAGGGCGACACACCUAUACACGACUCGAUCAGCAAAAAGCGGGACGACAUGCUGUCACUGCUGUUGGACCACAACGCGGACAUCACACUCGCCAACAACAACGGCUUCAACGCCUUACAUCACGCGGCACUCAGGGGUAACCCCAGGUAUGUCUACAGACAACACAUGUCUGUUUAA